UCGGUUGGUGAAUCGUGGGUACUCUGUGAGGAAUCGAUGGGCCAAUGGCGUUUGGCGGGAAACGGGUACAGUAGUCGACGUUUAUAAGAGUUAACAACAUCAACAAAUAAACAACAACAACAACUUAUUCUUCGCAUGUCGCGGCUCAGACAUGAAGUGCGUUCUCCCCGGGAGCAAUGUGAAAGUGUUGGGCAGAGCCGUUCAGUCCCUUGCGAAAUUUGGAGAAGAAAUUCACCUGGCAGCCUUACCUGAGGGGCUCUCCCUGCGUGCCGUCAACUCGUGCCGCUCGGCCUACGCCAGUUUCCUCCUCUCCCACCUCUGCUUCCUGCACUACGAGCACCGUCGCCGCGGCGAUGGAGGUCGUCUCCGUGGCGACCGUUGCCAGGGCGACGACGUUGCCGAGGAGACCUUCCGCUGCAGGAUCAGCGUGAAGGCCAUGCUCUCUGUGUUCAGGGCCACGGGCUCGCUGGACAAGGCGGUGGAGCAGUGCCGCAUUAUACUCAACCCCAAAACGUGUCGCCUCAUCAUCCAGAUGCGGUGUUUUUCGCGGUAA